CAUUGAAACCAAACCCAUAGAACUGUGUUUGUAUGCUUGGACAUCUCUCCCUGUUUUUAUCAUUCCAUCAGAAAAAUGGCCAUGUUUAGAGCACUUCUGAGCCUGAUUGUCAUACCCAUGCUGGUUGAGUUUGCCAUGGGAGCGAAUUACACAGUGGGAGGUAGCAAUGGGUGGGAUCUAACCUCCAACUUACAGGCGUGGUCGGCUGCCCAAUCGUUCCAUGUUGGAGACAACUUGAUUUUCCAAUACUCGUCGCCUCACAAUUUGGCCGAGGUUACAAAGUCCGAUUAUGACUCCUGCCAGGCAACCAACGCGCUCCAGGUUUACAGUGACGGCAACACUGUGAUUACAUUAACCACUCCAGGGAAGAGAUACUUCACAUGUGGAGUCCCAGGACAUUGUACCCAAGGAAUGAAGCUCCAAGUUGACACUCUAGCUACUUCUGCUGCUACUGCUCCAUCACCCAGUACGGCAACUUCUCCUUCCACCUUGCCAAAUAUUGCCACCUCUCCUACACCUGCUGUAGCAACUGCUCCUUCGGCCACCCCUCCUUCACCUUCUGUAGCAACUGCUCCUUCGGUCAUCCCUCCUUCACCUGCUGUAGCAACUGCUCCUUCAGCCACCCCUCCAUUGCCUAGCACUGCAACUUUGGCUCCAUUCAGUCCCCCCUCAUUGGCACCAGAUGGAUCUGUUCCUAGUGGAUUGUCACCCAUCCUUCCCUCUUCUGAAUCUCCUGGGGUGGCGCCUUCUGGAAUUGCAUUUACAACACCACCACCUCCCUCUACCUCGUCGGCUAACAGGGGCCAUUUACAGACGAAGCUGCUCAUCGUUGGAAUAUGUUUUGGAAUGAAGAUGUUGCAGGCCUUUUAA